UGGUCCUGGGGGACCUGGAGGACCCACGCCUACCCCAGAAGAAGAAGAUGAAAUACCUGAAGAUGUUUUAGAACCUUUAGGACCAGGUGGUCCUGGUGGACCAGGAGGCCCAGGCGGUCCUGGAGGUCCAGGAGGGCCAGGUGGACCUGGAGGCCCAGGAGGGCCGGGUGGGCCAGAUGGGCCAACUUUAGCUACAGAUGUGACACUCCCUCCAAAUAUUGGUGAGCCUAAUGGACCAGGAGGACCAUUUGGUCCUGGUGGUCCAUUCGGACCGGGUGGACCUGGAGGUCCUGGUGGACCAGGAGGUCCUGGAGGACCUGGAGGACCUAAAAUAACCACAGUAAUUACACCAGUAGUAACAACAGUAUCUCCACUUGAACGGUAUAUUGAUAGGAAUACAAUAGUCCACCUGAAUUGCAGUGUAUGCACGUGUGAGAGUGGUAUAAUGAACUGCACACACGAAGAUUGUGAUGUUUGGACGUCAUGGUCACCAUGGAGCGAUUGUUCAGUGACAUGUAAUGGUGGUGUACAGAUAAGGACCAGGGGAUGUGAGAAUCAAAAUACAGGAGAAGAAAGUGACCAAUGUAGAGGCACUGACGCUGAAAGCAAACAAUGCAAUACAGACCCAUGUGAAGGGACAACAUGUACUGAUGGUAGAGUAUUUGUUGAGAAUUGCGACGACAUUCCAGUAUGUCCAGCUACGUGUGGAGAUAUAUCUAAAACAACAGAAUGUGUUGAUGAUGGUGCAUGUGUACCUGGAUGCCGAUGUCCGUUGAAUACAGUGGAGCAAGAUGGAGAAUGUGUAGAAAAAGCUGAUUGUAAAUGUCCAUUUGAUAUGAGCAUAUUUGAGGGUGCCGAAGUAGUUGAGCGUGUAACCACAAUACCAGUUGUAACUCCUAUGGGAAUUGCACCAGGUGAACCGGGAGGACCAGGAGGACCGAUGGGCCCUGGUGGACCAGGGGGACCAAAUGGACCAGGAGGACCCAAUGGACCAGGUGGGCCAAAUGGUCCAGGAGGACCUGGUGGGCCAACUAUUUCUCCAGAAGAUGCUCAUGAACCAGGUACACCACUUGGGCCUAAUGGUCCAGGUGGACCUGGUGGACCUGGCGGCCCAGGUGGUCCUGGUGGACCUGGUGGACCAGGUGGGCCAGGAGGUCCAGGAGGACCUGGUGGGCCAACACUUGCAACUGAUGAAACAGUACCAUUCAAUGCUGGUGAACCCGGUGGACCUGGUGGUCCAGAGGGUCCUGGUGGCCCUGGUGGUCCAGGGGGACCUGGUGGACCUGAUGGACCUGGUGGACCUAAUGGGCCAGGAGGGCCUGGUGGACCAGGUGGACCAAAUGGACCUGGUGGGCCCAAUGGACCUGGUGGUCCUGGUGGACCCACUCCAACUCCGGAAGAACAGGAUAAGAUACCAACAAAUGUUUUAGAACCUUUGGGUCCAGGGGGUCCAGGAGGUCCAGGGGGACCAGGAGGCCCAGGUGGGCCUGGAGGACCAGGUGGACCAGGAGGGCCUGGGGGACCAGGAGGGCCUGAUGGCCCACCACUGACUUCAGACCAAACUCUUCCUGAUGAUAUUGGCAAACCAGGAGGUCCAGGAGGACCAGGUGGUCCAGGAGGGCCUCAGGGUAUAGGUGGCCCUGGGGGACCCUAUGGGCCUGGUGGACCGGGUGGACCAGGAGGACAGCCUCUCACCACAGUUUUGACGACUCCAGUAUCAUCCUUGGCAGAACCAGGUGAGCCAGGUGGCCCUGGUGGAAUCCUCGGACCAGGUGGACCAGGUGGACCAGGAGGACCAGGUGGACCAGGAGGCCCAAAUGGCCCUGGUGGACCAAAUGGACCUGGUGGACCUGGAGGACCAACUCUGGAACCUAAUAACCCAGGUGAACCAUUUGGGCCUGGUGGACCACUUGGACCUGAAGGACCAGGCGGACCUGGUGGGCCAGGAGGUCCUGGUGGGCCAGGAGGUCCUGGUGGACCCGGUGGACCAGGGGGCCCAGGAGGACCUGGUGGCCCUCCUCUUGAAACAGAUGAAACAACACCUCCAAAUAUUGGCAAACCCAAUGGCCCUGGUGGUCCAGGUGGCCCAGGAGGACCUGGUGGACCCGGUGGACCUGGUGGGCCAGAUGGUCCAGGUGGACCAAAUGGACCUGGUGGUCCUAAUGGGCCAGGAGGGCCAAAUGGCCCUGGAGGACCCAAUGGCCCAGGUGGUCCAGGGGGACCUACACCUACCCCUGAAGACAAGGCACUAAUACCUGACAAUAUAAAUGAGCCACUUGGACCUUUGGGGCCUGGUGGUCCUGGUGGACCAGGGGGACCUGGCGGACCAGGUGGCCCAGGAGGACCUGGAGGACCAGAUGGACCAUCUUUGCCCCCAGGUGUCACCCUACCAGAAAAUGCUGGACAGCCAGGAGGACCUGGAGGGCCUGGAGGGCCUGGUGGACCUGGUGGACCAGGAGGACCUGGAGGGCCUGGAGGACCUGGUGGACCUACACUAACUACUGUUAUUUCAAGACUCCUACCAAGUGAACAACUCAUAGACCCUAAUACCAUAAUUCGUAUUGACUGCAACAACUGCACGUGUGAAGAGGGAAUGUUAAACUGUACAGACCAUAUAUGUGGUUCAACAGCGCCGACUGUGAAGGAGACUACUAUUGGUCGUCAACCUCCACCAGUACUUCCAGCUUUCAUUGGUACGAGCCAACCACCAAUGGAAGUUCCUGGUGAGUGGUCGUCAUGGGGACCAUGGUCAGAUUGCUCAAUUACAUGUGGUGUAGGGGAAAUUGUAAGGUCUCGGGGAUGCAACAAUCCAUCACCAUCGUCCAAUGACCCAGAUCUACAAUGCCCUGGCAGUGCAGUGCAAGCUACAACAUGUGUAGCACCACAACAAUGUGAAGAAUGUGAUGAAGGUUUGGUACUUAACGAAUGUAUGGAUGCAUGCCACAGAACAUGUUUAGACAUCCAAGCAGAUGUUGAAUGCAUAGCGGAAGAAUGUGUUGGUGGAUGUGAAUGCCCUGAUGAUAAGGUAUUGCAAGAUGGGGAAUGUGUUGGGGUUGACGAAUGCAGAUGUUUGUAUUUAGAAGAAGAAAUACCAACGACAGGGCCACAACCUGGAGAACCAGGUGGACCAGGUGGACCUGGUGGUCCUGGCGGGCCUUUGGGACCCAAUGGGCCUGGUGGACCAGAUGGACCUGGAGGACCAGGGGGACCAGGAGGACCAGGUGGACCAGGAGGUCCAGGUGGACCAACUCUCCCACCAGAUGCUGAACAUAAAGUAAAUGAACCAGGUGGUCCAGGUGGUCCAGGAGGACCUGGUGGGCCUGGAGGCCCAGGUGGACCAGGUGGACCUGGUGGGUUGGGAGGCCCUGGUGGUCCAGGGGGACCAGGAGGACCUACUGUAUCACCAGAAACUGAAAUACCAGAUGACAUUGGAGAAAUUGGUGGUCCAGGUGGACCAGAUGGGCCUGGUGGGCCGAAGGGACCUGGAGGACCACUUGGGCCAAAAGGACCUGGUGGCCCCGGUGGACCAGGAGGUCCUGGAGGACCUGGUGAUCCAUCAACAUUGCCAGAAGAACCUCAAGAACCAGGGGAGCCUGGUGGACCUGGAGGACCAGGAGGACCUGGAGGGCCUGGUGGACCAGGAGGUCCAGGUGGGCCUGGUGGACCUGGAGGUCCUGGUGGACCAGAUGGGCCUCCACAACUGAUGAGGAACAAGAACUUAUACCAGAUAAUGUAGGAGAACCAUAUGGCCCAUUGGGACCACUUGGGCCAGGUGGACCUGGUGGACCAGGUGGACCUGGUGGACCUGGUGGACCAGGUGGACCGUCUGUAGGACCGUCUGUAACACAGACAUUAUUAGAAACAACUGCUGUGCCACUUCCUGAAUCAAUUGGAAUGGUUGUAAAUGGAGUAGAAUAUCCCCCUGGAUUUAUACUUGUCAAAGAAUGCCAAAAUUGCACUUGUGAACACGGGCAAUUCCAGUGUGAGGAUGUUCUCUGUAAAGAGGAUUGUACAUGGGAUCCAUGGAGUGAAUGGACGCCAUGUACUAAAACUUGUGGUAUGGGAGAGAAAACAAGAUCAAGGUCAUUUACUCCGGCACGUAAUGGUGGUGAGGAAUGCGAAAACCAGGACCAAACUGAAGAGGUUGAGUUCUGUAACGAGGAAGCAUGCUCAGUUGAUGGUGAAUGGUCACCAUGGUCUGAAUGGGGAGAAUGUGACAAGACAUGUGGAAGUGGCAGAACGACUAGGUCAAGGGAAUGUGAUGAUCCACCACCAAAGAAUGAUGGUGAGGAUUGUGAAGGAGUAAAAACCGAAAUAAAGGAAUGUAACCCAGAAAUGUGUGAUGAAGAAUGUCCCACAGGAACAGAGUGGGAUGAAAACUGUGAGAGACAGUGUCCACUUUCAUGUAGAGACUUGCAGGAGAAUGCACAGUGUGUUGAUGCUGAUGAAUGUGUCCCAGGAUGCCAUUGUCCAGAAAAUACUUUGUUAAAUGAUGAUGAUGAAUGUGUACCACUUAAAGCAUGUGAGUGUGUCGAUGAAAACGGGAAACUUUGGCCACCAGGGGAUAUUAUUCAAAAAGACUGUAAUAACUGCACAUGUAAAGAAGGUGAAAUUAUAUGUACUGAAGAGGAAUGUUCAGUGGACUGUGGGUGGAGUGCUUGGACGCCAUGGACAGAAUGUAGUCAAACAUGUGGCCAAGGAUCAGAGUCUCGAUUUAGGUCGGCAAAUAACCCAUCUGCAGCCAAUGGAGGAGAAGAGUGCAUAGGCAGUAGUGAAAAUACCAGAGAAUGUAUGUUGGAAGAAUGUGCACCAGGACCAUGUGUAAUUGAUGGAGUGACAUAUUUAGAUGGCGAGUUAAUUAAAGAUGAAGAAUGUCAGAAGUGCAUGUGUACAAAUAGUGAAAUGGUAUGUGUGGAUGAAGAACAUUGUGCAGUAUGUUCCCUAGUGUCUGAAAUAAGAAAUAUCACAGACUCAGAUGGUUGUACUGCAGAUGGAAUUGCAAUCAAUACAUGUGAAGGGGAAUGUCAUUCUGAGACAAUAGCCAUACCAGACCCACCAUACUAUGAGAACAAAUGUAAGUGUUGCCAAGGUGUUCUUCCAGACAAGGUUGAUGAUGAUAUUAGUGAUGGCAAAAAACCCAGCGAAGGUGAUGUGCUAACAUUAAUAUGUCCGGAUGGCACAACAAAAGAUGUUACAAUGGUCCACUUCGUUGGAUGUGACUGCAAGGCCUGUGGAGGUGAGCCUUAACAAGAGAACAAUUUAAAUUAAUCACGUAGUAUGUACAACCGGAGAAGAAAUUCAGAAAUACAAUAAAUCAUUAAAUUAUUUGCAGUUUAAAUUUUAUUCAAUAUUGUUAAACCACAAUGACCAGUUUUCAAAACAUAUUUUGCAACCUAUGUUUCUUAACUUUUAUGCAAUUUAACUGAAGCAAAUAAUGGGAAAAACAUCUUCCCAUAUUAUGAAUAUAUGUAACUUUCUGGUGUUCAAAAAUAAAGAGAUAAUAUUCUAGCUUCA